AUGGCGUCCACGCGGGCGCCGCGCGCGGUGGACCACGCGUCGACGUCCGCGCGCCUCGACGGGGGCGUCGCGCGAGCGUCGACGCGCGCGAGACGAUCGAUGGGGACGCGAAUGCGUCGAUCGAUGCCGACGACGACGACGGCGUGGAUGGGUGCGCGUGGCGGUGCGCGUGGCGAUGGACGCGCGCGUGGGCGCGCGAUGAUGGACGCGCGCGUGAUGGGCGCGCGUGUGUGCGUGGGGCGGGCGUGGGCGAUCGCGGACGAGGACGCGGCGGAGGCGGAGACGGAUGUCGCGAACGCGCUGGCGGUGCUGCGGGCGACGUCGAGCGUGGACGCGAAAGAGUCCACGGUGGAUGCGGACGCGUUGGCGGAAAUGGUGCACGGGGGGACGGUGAUCGUGCGGGUGAGUGAUCGGGCGAGGAAGAGUGGGUCUGGGAAGGCGAGAAGGCGACGGGGGAGGCGCGACCCGUACGACGACUUGCGAGGGGAGUUCGACAAGCCAAAACUCUUGAGGUUCUUCAGGCGACGGCCGUUGCAGGUGGCGGGACGGCUGGCGACCAUCAUUCGCGUUGGAAGAAGGGUGAUUCGUCAGUGGAAGGCGCAGGAAAGCUGGGACCCGGAGGAGCGCACGAGAGGGGCGAUACUUCGCGAGGCGAUGACGCGCCUGGGACCCGUCUUCGUGAAGAUUGGACAAACGCUCUCUCAGCGUCCGGACUUGAUCGGAGAGGAGGCCGCGGACGAGUUGAAGUUGUUGCAGCAGAGUAACGAGCCGUUUCCGAACGCUCUGGCGUGGAAGACGAUAGUUGAGGAUCUUGAGUGGGACGGGCCCAUCGCGCCGAACCAUCCGUACCGCGCGCGCAAUCCAGACGCCGAGCCGCUCUUCGCCAAGUUCAGCGAGCAACCGAUCGCGGCGGCGUCGCUGGGACAGGUGUACAAGGCGAAGACAUGGGACGGUCAAGACGUGGCGGUCAAGGUGCAGAGACCGAAGGUGGUGCGACAAGUCGCCUUGGACUGGACGUGUUGGUCGCUCUCCCUAUCGACGCUCAAGCGCCUGUGGGGAACUACCACCGAGCUGGACGUCAUCGCUGACGAGGUCGGUCAAGGGGUGUGGCAGGAGCUCGACUACACGCAAGAGGCGGCCCACAUGGACGAGUUCAACGAGAGACAUAAGUGGCUUGGAUUCGUGCGAGCUCCUCACUGGCUGCCAGAGUAUACGGGCCCCCCCGGACGGGCUCGGAUUAUCACCACCGAGUGGAUCAACGGCCAGCACAUUGCGGCGUUGCCUCCGGAAAAGAAACUCAUAAUGGCACAGAUGGCGGUCGAAGCGUGCGUCGCGCAGCUCAUUUACACCGGCUUCGUCCACGCAGAUCCUCACGAAGGGAACAUGAUGUUGGACGACAACGACAUGCUCGUUUUCCUCGAUUUUGGCCUAAUGAGCGAGGUCGAGCCGUUCAUCAUGGAAGGCUUCGCGAAGGGAAUUCAGCACAUGAUCUCUGGUAACUGGGAAGGGCUCGUGCUCGUUUUCCAAGAGGUUGGUUUCACUCCCAAGGAAGGCUUCUUGAAGCGAGACGACAGAAGCGACACGUACAAGCCAGCGACGCUCGAGGAGAUGACAAAGGCCGUUGCGGACACGCUUUCGACCGAGGAGGGUGGCCAGAGUCGCUUUGGUGCCCUCGCCACAGGUCUGGCGAAGCUCAGCGCCAAUUUUAAGUUCCUCACUCCUCCGUACAUCAUCUUGCUCAUCCGAACGUUUUUAACGCUCGAGGGCAUUGCGGAGAAGGCUGAUCCGGAUUUUAACAUUUAUACCGCGGCGCUUCCGUACGCGAUUCGCCGUGCCAUGGCGCCUUCGACGCCCGAAGGCCAAAUUGCGAUGAGAAACACGUUCUUGAACGAGUCAGACGAGUUGCGAUGGGAUCGCAUCGAAGAACUCGUGCUCACGGACACUGUGGACGAAGAUGAUUCGAAGGAGUCCGCCGACGCCGAAAACGCCGAGGGUGCUUUCGGCGACAGCCAAGCACUGAUGGCACGACGCAGCAAAGAGGUCGUCGGUCGUCUCUUGGGCUCGACGGAGGGCGUUGCUCUGCGACGCGUUGCCAAUUCGGCGAACACGGAGAAGAUUGUUGAAUACCUGUCCGGCCCCAAGGGCACGGCUCUUCGCGCUAAGAGUAUCCGCAUGCUCAGCCGCAACCUCAAGGAUCUAUGGACCGCACGGCGUUUCGUGCGCCGAGCAACGCCGCAGAUUGAUUCACUCCCGGUGUGGCCUGAAUCCGACGAGGCGCGUCGCAUUCGCGAGCGUCAGGAUCGCGCGCAAAAACGCGCGCUCGCCUUCAUCUUCGGCACACAUAUGGCUCGCCUCAUCCGCAAGCCCUGGUUGCUCGUCCGCGCCCUCACUGUGACGGCAUACAUCGUCGUUACCGCCUUCGUCUACGCCCUCGCCGUGACCGUUUGGGACUACCUCAAAUGGCUCAACCGCUUCACUCCGUGGGGUCUCGUGUGGCGCCUUGCCUCUCGCGGUGCGCCAUCCGGUCCAUCCUCGGACGCGCUCGGCUCGACGUCCGUUCCGUAA